CAAAUAAGAAAUGUAUUACACUUGCUUUUCAUUGUGGAAAAAAAAAAAGAAAAGAAAAAAGAAAAAACAACCCACAAAUGCAAUCUUCCUCCUGGACUGCCAGAGUUCCUCAAAAAGCAAAUAAAGUUAAUAACCCUUUUCUAAGUAAUUAAACCAGUUAGCCGAGAAAGAGAGGGUAAUUAAAUCCUUUUCAGUUUCUUUUCCACAUAUCCUCUAGAAUAUAUAUAUAUAUAUAUAUAUAUGUAACCCCUCAAUUAAUUAACCAAACAAUAUAUCUGCCCAAAAUUCAGAGCCAUGGCUAACUAUUACCAGUCUUCUCCUUUUCCUCCUCCCCGCCUAUGUUUCUUCCUCCUGAUAAUUGUUUUCUUACUGGGAUUUUCAUGGUGCGUGAACUAUGAGCCGGUGGUGGAGAGCGUGGUGGGGCGGGUGAAGCUGAUAUUCAGGGUGUCACCACUGAUACUCCUGUUGGUUGUUCACAGACUUUCCAACAAUCAGAGCAUCAUCAGCCUUUCCUCAUGGGGAGUCGGCAAAAGACUCUCUCCAUAGAGCUGGAGGGACCCCAUGGGGAGUUGGGUUGUUGCUUGCGUUUCUGCUUAUUAUGUUGUCUUACAAUUUCGCUUUCCAAGAACGCUGGUUUCCUCUUCUUAAUAGAUGAUGUUUAUGAAAUCAUCAAAAUUGUUUUUUUCUGUUUUCAAUGUAAUUCCAGAAUAGAUGUAGAUUUUGUUGGCUACUCAAGUUCAAUUUUUUUCCCUUUUUUCUUUUAAGUAGAAAAAGACAUUCUUGAAUCAUAAACUGAGAACAGGAUU